CUCUUAUCUUCAGUCUCCACUAAGACCAGUUCAGUCAACGGUUGUAGAUCCCUCUGACCACCUAUGUAUGUGUGCUGUUUAUGACCACUUCACAGUCACAGAGCACGGUUUGCAGCUCCAAAAGCGAGAUAGAUGCCUUUCCUAAGACUCGACGAAGGAUUUGUUUUAGGAAUCCUAUCAAUCUUUCUCUCCAAGGAGGAAACCUGCUGUUUUUCAUUCCAAUCUAGGGAACUAAACGCAUUGUGCAGGUUGCGAAAAUGUGUAGCGUUAUCACUGUAUAUCGUUUAUACCCGUCCUCGCCGCGCUACAAGUCUCCGCAGUGCCGUUAAAAACUCACCAGUUAACAGCGACUCCUUAUCUUCUAGGUGCACAGCACGGUAUGGAAUAUUGCAUGGGAUUCCGGGCUUUCUAUGAAUUCGGUGAGACAUCCCGGAUGUAUGAAGCCGGCCUUAUUACGGCGAAGGAAAACCUCCUUGCAUUAUGCCGUUAUUCGGCAAGCCAUAAAAUAUAAUCUUAAACAUAUAUAUUACCUUUUCACAUGCUUAUCCAUAGAGACACCAUAGAGUAACUUAUAUAUGUAUACUGAGAAUUGCUUGACAUAGCCCACUGACAGCCGGUAACAAAACUGCCAAUUUUUGACAAUAGUGAAACAUUCGACUAGGUAUUGUGUAUAAUUCGGUUUAUAGUUCGUCUUGGGACAAAAAUACUAUAAAAAUCUAAAACUGCAUAGGACGUAGAAUAACUGUUACGGCUAAAAUAAAAAAAAAUAAACAUUUCGCAAGUUUUUCAUAGCUGAUAUUUCAUAGUUGUAUUAUUCCAAGUGAUAAUUCCACACAAUGUCGGCUUCAUUGGAUUCAUCUUUGGACCCCAUGGAGGAAAUUCGCUUCCGAAAGAAAAAUGGACAAAUGUGGGCAGAGAUACAGAAAGAAACGCAUUUUACGUUUGAUGAAAUAGAACAAAUAAUGGUGAUAUUUUUCAAAAUACAAAAGCGUGAUGAGAAACCUGCCGGGCCCGAUUUGAUUUCACGAGGUCACUUCCGUGACGUGCUUCAUACGGGGUUGGGAAUGACAGACGCAUACAUGAUGGAGCGCGUCAUGGUAGCGUUGGACCGAGGCACGUCGCCCUACGUCACGAUGGCCACCUUUGCUAAGGCCAUGUCGUUAUACCUGCGAGGAAACCUGGAGGAGCGUAUCACAUACGCAUUCACGUGCUACGACUUGUUGGGCGAAGGACACUUACGAAGAGAAACAAUGUACCAGCUCAUGAAGAAAAGCCUGGCAAAAGCAUCCCGAGACGACGAUGUAGAAGAGGCAGUUAAGGAGUUCGUCGAUAUAAUGUUGAAGAGGAUGGACGUAGACCUGGACGGGGUGAUCAACUUCCAGGACUUCCACACGGCCGUAGUGAAGACGCCCUCGCUAUUGGAGAGCCUAGGCUACUGCCUGCCGGAGCGCACAGCGGUCUACUCCUUUAUCGCCACCUGGUGCCCUACGUGGGAAAAAAUGUGAACUUUAUAGCAACUUUUAUUUUGAGAUUAUUCGAUUUGCAUUUUGAUUUCGAUGAUUCUGUAUUUCGACUUCAAACGACCACCAAAAUGGCUUAUUAAAGUGACAUGUUUUUUAUACUGUAAAUUAUACAUAUUAUCAACAAA